UUAUCUAAGUAAAUUAAAACAUAAUUUAACUGCAGUUGUUCAAUUUAAUUAUCUCAAAUACAAUUUUUAAGAAUCAUUUUUCUAUAAUUAUAAAUUAUUUUAAAUAUCAUGUAUAAAAUACUUUCCUCGCUUUUUUUAAUUUUUAUUGCUGUUCAAUUUUGUGAAUCAUUGGAAUGUUAUGUAUGUACUAACCAAGAUCAAAAUCAUGAAAAAUGCUUAAAUACAAUAAAAACGUGUGAGCCUGAAGAAGACAUGUGUUUAUCAGAAAUAAGCUGGGGAUCUCCUCCUUAUUGGGUAGAAGGAGGUAUAAAACAAUACUAUGUAUCCAAACGAUGUGCUACUCGUGCUACUUGUGAAGCUGUAAAAGCAAAAACAAUACCUUACUGCACAUAUCUAUGGUACCAAGAUUGGAAAUGUGCUGAGUGUUGUCUUGGAGAUCGUUGCAAUUAUUAUAUAACAAUGGGAAGCAGUGAAAUAAAGUCAAAUUUAGUUGUUUUACUAGGAUCCAUAAUUUUUUUAGCAGGAUUUUAUAUUAAUAUUUCUAUUUGAACUUCGUUUUAUUUUAUUAAGACAGUAUAGUUUUUAUGUAUUAUAAAUUAACUUUAAAUCAUGUAAUAUUUAAUUAUAGACCUUUAUUAUAUAAGUUUACAAAAUAAGUUAAA